AGCCACAGAGAACACUGUCUGCAGAGAGAGAAGACCAAACUACUGAGCUCUACCUCAGAGAUAUCCAGGAGAGACCAGAACUAGAGACUCAGAACUUGACCCAGACAUUCAGGACCCAACACCUAGGACCCAGGGCUCUUUAACUAGGCUCAGGACUCUGACCCAAACCCAACACCCAGACCCAGGACUAGACCCAGACAUCCAGGACCCAACACCUAGGACCCAGGGCUCUUUAACUAGGCUCAGGACUCUGACCCAAACCCAACACCCAGACCCAGGACUAGACCCAGACAUCCAACCACAGAACCAGGGAGGGUACUCUGACCCAUAAAGGAUCUAGGAGCGGGUUCUGUUACACAGGAACUCUCCAUACCCAGCCAUGCCUGCCCCUGGAGGAACAGAUCCUAAGGGGGAGGAUUUCUCCACUGCUAUCCUGAAGCAGAAACACAGACCCAAUAGACUGGUGGUGGAUGAAGCCCACAAUGAAGACAACAGCAUCGUCAGCCUCUCACAGGCGAAGACAGAGGAGCUGCAGUUGUUCCGUGGCGACACGGUGGUCCUGCGGGGGAGGAAGCGGCGUGAGACGGUGUGUAUCGUGUUGACAGACGACACCUGUCCAGACGAACGCGUCCGCAUGAACCGCAUCACACGCAACAACCUGAGGGUACGCCUCGGUGAUGUCAUCAGUGUCCAUGCAUGCCCAGAUGUGAAGUACGGCGUGCGUAUCCAUGUCCUGCCGAUAGAUGACACCAUCGAAGGGUUAACGGGAAACCUGUUCGACGUCUUCCUGAAACCCUAUUUCUUGGAAGCAUAUCGGCCUGUACACAAAGGCGACAUCUUCCUGGUGCGAGGGGGCAUGCGGGCUGUGGAGUUCAAGGUGGUGGAGACAGACCCCGCCCCCCACUGCAUUGUCUCCCCGGAUACCGUCAUCCACUGCGAGGGACAGCCAAUCAACAGAGAGGACGAGGAGGAGAGUCUGACUGACGUAGGCUAUGAUGACAUUGGAGGUUGUCGUAAACAGUUAGCUCAAAUCAAAGAAAUGGUGGAGCUUCCCCUCAGACAUCCUGGACUAUUCAAGGCUAUAGGAGUCAAGCCUCCCAGGGGUAUUCUGCUGUAUGGACCUCCAGGUACAGGGAAGACACUGGUCGCCCGGGCCGUCGCCAACGAGACUGGAGCAUUCUUCUUCCUCAUCAAUGGUCCUGAGAUCAUGAGUAAGAUGGCCGGGGAGUCAGAGAGCAACCUGAGGAAAGCCUUCGAGGAGGCAGAGAAAAACUCUCCCGCCAUUAUCUUCAUAGAUGAACUGGAUUCUAUCGCGCCUAAGAGAGAGAAGACCCAUGGGGAGGUGGAGAGGCGUAUCGUAUCACAGCUCCUCACCCUGAUGGAUGGACUGAAGCAGAGAACUCACGUUAUCGUCAUGGCAGCCACCAACAGACCCAACAGCAUCGACCCUGCCCUGAGACGCUUCGGCAGGUUUGACAGAGAGAUCGACAUUGGCAUCCCAGACUCCACUGGUAGACUGGAGAUACUGCAGAUUCACACCAAGAACAUGAAGCUAUCUGACGACGUGGACCUGGAGAGGGUUUCCAUGGAUGCGCAUGGCCAUGUGGGUUCAGACCUGGCAGCUCUGUGUUCUGAGGCGGCUCUGCAGGCCAUCAGGAAGAAGAUGACCCUGAUUGACCUGGAGGACGACACCAUUGAUGCUGAACUGCUCAACUCACUGGCAGUUACCAACGAUGACUUCAGGUGGGCGUUGGGGCAGAGUAACCCGUCAGCUCUGAGGGAGACAGUAGUGGAGGUUCCUAAUGUUAACUGGGAGGAUAUAGGAGGACUGGGAGAGGUCAAGAGAGAACUGCAGGAACUAGUACAGUACCCCGUGGAGUACCCAGAUAAGUUCCUGAAGUUCGGUAUGACCCCGUCACGAGGAGUGUUAUUCUAUGGACCCCCAGGCUGUGGAAAGACCCUGCUAGCCAAGGCGAUUGCUAAUGAGUGCCAGGCCAACUUCAUCUCCAUCAAGGGACCUGAGCUGCUCACCAUGUGGUUCGGCGAGUCAGAGGCUAAUGUCAGGGACGUCUUCGACAAGGCCAGACAGGCGGCCCCCUGUAUCCUGUUCUUUGACGAGCUGGACUCCAUUGCCAAGUCCAGAGGGGGCGGAGCCGGGGACGCAGGGGGCGCGGCCGACAGGGUCAUCAACCAGAUCCUCACGGAGAUGGACGGAAUGUCCAACAAGAAGAACGUCUUUAUUAUAGGAGCUACCAACAGACCUGAUAUAAUAGACUCUGCUAUCCUCCGUCCAGGGAGGCUGGAUCAGCUCAUCUACAUCCCUCUACCAGACACAGCCUCCCGUACCGCCAUCCUCAACGCAAACCUACGCAAGUCCCCCAUCGCCAGAGAUGUAGACCUGGCCUACCUGUCUGGUAUCACCCAGGGUUUUAGUGGGGCAGACCUGACAGAGAUCUGCCAGAGGGCCUGUAAGCUGGCCAUCAGAGAGGCCAUAGAGGCUGAGAUCAAAGCAGAGCGCCAGAGACAGACCCACCCAGGCACCGCCAUGGAUGAGGACUGUGACCCUGUUCCAGAGAUCAGGAAGGAUCACUUUGAAGAGGCCAUGAGGUUCGCCCGGCGCUCCGUCAGCGACAACGAUAUCAGGAAGUAUGAGAUGUUCGCCCAGACACUACAGCAGAGCAGAGGCUUUGGGAACUUCAGGUUCCCCUCUGGCUCUCAGUCCGGAGGUCAAGGGUCGGGGGCAGGGGGGCAGUUCAGAGACGAGGUAGAGGACGACCUCUACCAGUGAGAAGACUAUCACCUCUACCACACCUGCCUGCAUAUGAUGUGGAACUCUGGAUCAAUUAGACUGUUGUGGGAAUCAAAUACGGACAGAAUAACUUUCAACAGCAGAUAACGUUUGUGCUUCUCAGCUUAUCGGUGUCUUAGAUGUUUCUCAUAACAACUGAUACAUCAUAAUAACUGGUGCAUUAUAAUAACUGGUACAUCAUAAUAACUGAUACAUCAUAAUAACUGAUACAUCAUAAUAACUGAUACAUAAUAACUGAUACAUCAUAAUAACUCAUACAUCAUAAUAACUGGUACAUCAUAAUAACUGAUACAUUAUAAUAACUGGUACAUCAUAAUAACUCAUACAUCAUAAUAACUGAUACAUCAUAAUAACUGAUACAUAAUAACUGAUACAUCAUAAUAACUCAUACAUCAUAAUAACUGGUACAUCAUAAUAACCGGUACAUCAUAAUAACUGGUACAUCAUAAUAACUGAUACAUCAUAAUAACUGGUACAUUAUAAUAACUGGUACAUAAUAACCGGUACAUCAUAAUAACUGAUACAUCAUAAUAACUGAUACAUUAUAAUAACUGGUACAUCAUAAUAACUCAUACAUCAUAAUAACUGAUACAUCAUAAUAACUGAUACAUAAUAACUGAUACAUAAUAACUGAUACAUCAUAAUAACUGGUACAUCAAAAUAACUGGUACAUCAUAAUAACUGGUACAUCAUAAUAACUGGUGCAUUAUAAUAACUGAUACAUCAUAAUAACUGGUGCAUUAUAAUAACUGAUACAUCAUAAUAACUGGUGCAUUAUAAUAACUGAUACAUCAUAAUAACUGAUACAUUAUAAUAACUGAUACAUCAUAAUAACUGAUACAUUAUAAUAACUGAUACAUCAUAAUAACUGGUACAUCAUAAUAACUGGUACAUCAUAAUAACUGGUGCAUUAUAAUAAUUGAUACAUCAUAAUAACUGAUACAUUAUAAUAACUGAUACAUCAUAAUAACUGAUACAUCAUAAUAACUGGUGCAUUAUAAUAACUGAUACAUCAUAAUAACUGAUACAUCAUAAUAACUGGUACAUCAUAAUAACUGGUACAUCAUAAUAACUGAUACAUUAUAAUAACUGGUGCAUUAUAAUAGCUGAUACAUCAUAAUAACUGGUGCAUUAUAAUAACUGAUACAUCAUAAUAACUGAUACAUCAUAAUAACUGGUGCAUUAUAAUAACUGGUACAUCAUAAUAACUGGUACAUCAUAAUAACUGAUACAUUAUAAUAGCUGAUACAUCAUAAUAACUGGUGCAUUAUAAUAACUGAUACAUCAUAAUAACUGAUACAUCAUAAUAACUGAUACAUCAUAAUAACUGAUACAUCAUAAUAACUGGUACAUCAUAAUAACUGGUGCAUUAUAAUAACUGAUACAUCAUAAUAACUGGUGCAUUAUAAUAACUGAUACAUCAUAAUAACUGGUGCAUUAUAAUAACUGAUACAUCAUAAUAACUGGUGCAUUAUAAUAGCUGAUACAUCAUAAUAACUGGUACAUCAUAAUAACUGGUGCAUUAUAAUAACUGAUACAUUAUAAUAACUGAUACAUCAUAAUAACUGGUACAUCAUAAUAACUGAUACAUCAUAAUAACUGAUACUUCAUAAUAACUGGUACAUCAUAAUAACUGAUACAUCAUAAUAACUGGUGCAUUAUAAUAACUGAUACAUCAUAAUAACUGGUACAUCAUAAUAACUGGUGCAUUAUAAUAACUGAUACAUCAUAAUAACUGGUGCAUUAUAAUAACUGGUACAUCAUAAUAACUGAUACAUUAUAAUAACUGGUGCAUUAUAAUAACUGAUACAUCAUAAUAACUGGUGCAUUAUAAUAACUGGUGCAUUAUAAUAACUGAUACAUCAUAAUAACUGGUGCAUUAUAAUAACUGAUACAUCAUAAUAACUGGUGCAUUAUAAUAACUGAUACAUCAUAAUAACUGGUGCAUUAUAAUAGCUGAUACAUCAUAAUAACUGGUACAUCAUAAUAACUGGUGCAUUAUAAUAACUGAUACAUUAUAAUAACUGAUACAUCAUAAUAACUGGUACAUCAUAAUAACUGAUACUUCAUAAUAACUGGUACAUCAUAAUAACUGAUACAUCAUAAUAACUGGUGCAUUAUAAUAACUGAUACAUCAUAAUAACUGGUACAUCAUAAUAACUGGUGCAUUAUAAUAACUGAUACAUCAUAAUAACUGGUGCAUUAUAAUAACUGGUACAUCAUAAUAACUGAUACAUUAUAAUAACUGGUGCAUUAUAAUAACUGAUACAUCAUAAUAACUGGUGCAUUAUAAUAACUGGUGCAUUAUAAUAACUGAUACAUCAUAAUAACUGGUGCAUUAUAAUAACUGGUGCAUUAUAAUAACUGAUACAUCAUAAUAACUGGUGCAUUAUAAUAACUGGUACAUCAUAAUAACUGGUACAUUAUAAUAACUGAUACAUCAUAAUAACUGGUACAUCAUAAUAACUGGUACAUCAUAAUAACUGAUACAUCAUAAUAACUGGUGCAUUAUAAUAGCUGGUGCAUUAUAAUAGCUGAUACAUCAUAGUAACUGAUACAUCAUAAUAACUGGUGCAUUAUAAUAACUGGUACAUCAUAAUAACUGAUACAUCAUAAUAACUGAUACAUCAUAAUAACUGGUGCAUUAUAAUAGCUGAUACAUCAUAAUAACUGGUACAUUAUAAUAACUGCUGUAUUUGAGGAAAUUAGAGUAUGUUUGUUUUUUCUUGGAGGAAUCAUUUGUAAAAUCAGGAUGGUCAAAGUGCAAUGAAUAUAACUGUGAAUGAGGAUUGUUGUUCUUAUGGUGUUUGAGCUGGUCAUCAUGGAAGGAAUGCUGAUUCACAUCUGAAAUGUAAUAAACUGACUGUUUUCCUUG